AAGGCCGCCCGGGUGAUCAUCGAGAAGUACUACACCCGCCUGGGGAACGACUUCCACACCAACAAGCGGGUGUGCGAGGAGAUCGCCAUCAUCCCCAGCAAGAAGCUGCGCAACAAGAUCGCGGGGUAUGUCACCCACCUGAUGAAGCGUAUUCAGAGGGGACCCGUCCGAGGCAUCUCCAUCAAACUGCAGGAGGAGGAGAGGGAGAGGAGGGAUAACUAUGUACCCGAGGUCUCUGCCCUUGACCAGGAGAUCAUCGAAGUGGACCCGGACACCAAGGAAAUGCUGAAGCUCCUGGACUUUGGCAGCCUGUCCAACCUGCAGGUGACACAGCCCACAGUGGGGAUGAACUUCAAAACGCCCCGAGGAGCUCUCUGAGUCAGUUGCUGUAUGUCACUUUUCCAAUAAAUGUGGGGAAACCA